UACCACGUUCUAGCUGUGGGCUGGAGAAAGCUCUAAGAGUACUGUUGAGGAGGGCUGCUACAUUCCCCAAACAAAAAUACAGGACAUCCAGUUAAGUUUGAAUUUCAUUUAAAAAAAAAUUUUUUUUAAGCGAUUUUGUAGGGAAAAAGAAGAGCACUCCUUUCUGAGGCCAAGACUGGUUAAAAUGAGAUGCCUCUCACUGCCAGCCUGGUGGGAUGGAGUGUUAGCCCAGGAUUUAGACACAAGUAUCAGGUUCUAUAAUCCAUGAUGCCUAUAAAGAACCGGAACAUUACAAAGAUGUCACCUUCCCCCAGACUUAUUCCUCAGUGGAAGGACUUGAAACUUCUCAUAAAUAAUACCCUGAAGGAUAUAAAGGCUGAUGAAAAACCAAAGAAUGAUGUAAUUGUAUUGCGUGACUGGCCUGAGACUCUAUACAAGGAGCCUCACCAACCCCAGAGCAAGCCUUUCAUCUGCUUCUAUGCCAUUGAUGUCAACUAUUUUGUGUCCUUAAACUGGGUGGAACCACAUUCAAAACAAAUACAGGCAGUACUUUGGGUACAGAAGAAAGAUACGGAAAUGGGAGGUAUGAUAGAGAAGAUGAAGUUUCCUGUGAUGGAUCAAGUGCCACCUGUUGAAGCAAUGGUCCACACAGGUUCCCACCACAUGCUAAUUGCUUACUGUGGUGACACGCGUCUGCGGCUCUUCGAAGAUCACCAGCAAGCAUUUAUAUUUCUGGGCACAGUGCCCUGUCGUUUCUCCGUCAGCUGCCUCUGCUAUGACUCAGAAGCUGAGAUACUGCUCUCUGGUACCUUGGGGGCCGUGGUUACCUGGCUUAUCUUGCCAAACAGCAGGAGCCUCCAGAUGGCACAAACAGUGCUGCUGUCUGACCAUGAGUUUGUACAGGGCUUUUCCCUGAAUGGCCCCCGGGGCUCCCUCCUGGCUCUUUGUGAGGAUAAGGGCUAUUUCUAUGCUGGAAACAAGGAUGGAGAGAUCCAUGCCUGGAGCCUAGACCAGGGUAACUUCCUCCACAGCUUCCAAGCCCACUCCUCGUCGGUGAUAUGUGUUUACAGCCGGCCAGAGAACUACACCUUACUCACAGCAGGCCAAGAAGGCGUUGUAAAGGAAUGGAAUCUUGCCUUUGGAAACUUGCUGCGGCAGCUGAAUAUUGACGAGGAUUUGCAGCAACUGCAGUUUAUUGAUGACACCACCUUUUCCUGCCAGACUACCCACACUUUCUCGUUGCACCACCUGCCCUAUUUUUAUAGCCUCUUCAAUGUCUGUGGCUCCGCUCCUGAGCAGGUGCAGCGGGUCUGCUGUGGCCAUAACUGGACUCGGAUCCUUUGUGCCACUAAGGAUGGUUUGUUGCGCUUCUUGUCUCCAGUAACAGGAGAUCUCCUGGUUAUCACCUGGCCUCUCCUUGUCAUGGACAGGGCUGUGGCUUGGGCCUAUGACACAGACAAAGAAGAGCUCUUUGUGGCAAUAGGUGGUUCAGAGGUGCUGGUGUUUGAUGCAACGCGCUCUCCUUGCACAGCCAAGUAUCUGGUAUGCACUUCGGUAAACUAUGGGGAUAGAGUAAGGUGCCUGGCCUAUGGGCAGUCCCAUUUGGGUAUGGGCCUAGCAGGACUGAUGUUCUGUGGGCAUGACAGUGGCAUUGUGAGAAUCCUCUCCCACUAUAGCUGUGCCCGAACAGAAAAGACUGUUCACUCUGGGGCAGUUUUGGCACUGUCUACCUUGGAAGGUCGCCAGGAAAUCUCCUUACUCUGUUCCUAUGGCAUGGAUGAUACUAUAUACCUGACAGAAGCUGUGCUUCAGAAGAACAAGGUAAUCCUGCAGCCCAUAAGCAAAAUUCUCUGUGCUUGCCCCCUAACACACGUGAUCCUCUUGCCAGGUUCUGUGGGUGCCAUCACUGAGAACCGCUGCUGGUGUCUCUGGCACUACCAAGAUUUUUCCAAAUCUUCAGAAGCAAAACAAGGGUCUGUGGGAGACAAAGGGACAAAAUGCCUGCACCAGUGUGACAUCACUUCAUUUGAUGUCUGCUCUUCCCUGAAACUUUUUGUCACAGGGGGCAUUGAUGGCUCAGUCCGGAUCUGGGAUUUCCACGGUAGACUCCUAACUGAGUUGGAUUCAGCACUGCAUUUUGGCCCACUCUGCUUUGCCAAUAAUCGGGGUGACCUGCUUUUGACCUUCAACCAGAGUCUUUAUCUGGUAUCCUGCUUAAAAUUGCUUCCUCCUGCUCAGUUGAUACACCUAGGUAUCCUAAGCAAUGUAGAUGAUAUACAAGAAGUCCCUAAACCCUUCCUGCCUAGCUUCUUCUUUUCUUUUGAAAACGUAUUUGUACCCAGAUUUGUCUACCUUGGACAAGGGCUGAAGAAAUUACAGGGGCUAGAGGUCCUUGUUAACAAACGGGUCAUUGCCUUUGACAAUACUGUGCCCCAUGUUGUAGAGGAAGAGAGACAUAUGUCCGCUGUGAUUCAAAUGGGACCCAAAUCACACUUUUUGGAGGACAAGGAUGUUACUUUUGACCCCAAGCAUAAUCAUCCCCAACACAUCGUUCCUGCUCAGUUACAGCUUGCUGGCUGGGAUGGAUUGAACCCCUACCAUAUAUUAUGUCGCUUCUUUGGUAAAGGGCAGCAAUGGCCCUUUGCUCCUGAUGGCUAUAUCCCCAACUCAGUUAUCCGGGCCCGCCUUUGGCCUGAAGGUACCCCAAUCUUUUUACGCUAUGAUCUGUACCGAGAUACAGACUGGGACAUGACCAAACUCGUCAGACACCAGACACUGUCACCUAUGCCUCUACUAGAAGAGAACAUCUCAAUGAGAAGAGAGAGGGAUAAAUCCAAGAAACAGAAAAUAAAUUUCUAUGAUGUUCUAGUAAGCCUGAAAAACCAAAAUUGGACAGAAAGAAAAUUUGAUGAAGGAAUUAUAAAUAACUUAAUUGAGACCAUCCUCAGCCUCACAAUUUACUGUUCUGUAGACCAAUAUAAGACAUACAUUAGUGUCCUGGCACAAAUUUUUGCCACAUAUCAAGUAUCUCCAAGAUAUUGCUCUGAGGCUUCCUGUCGCCUGAUGGAAGAUACAGUUCAUCCCAAUCCAUGCAUCCGUGAGCUAGCCUGGGAGGGGCUAGAGAGGCUAGGUGUCCUAAGCCAUCUCUUUGCUGUUCCCCUGGCUAUGGGAUUGAUGGACAGUGAUGAAAGGGUGCGGGCUAAGGCCUUAUAUCUUCUAAUAAGAGUCACAGGCAUCCAAACUAAGACCAUGCUGGUAAGCCUGCUGAAGAAACAAGAUACUUUAGAAGAAAUGCAGCGGGAAUUUAUUGGAGAAACCUCUCUGGACCAGCUGCUGGGAAUCCGAGCUAAAGAUAUCCAGUGCCUGCUUACUCAGGUGGAGCAGCGGCUAAGAGAAAACCUGACCUUGUCAUAUAGAGACCAACAACCUACCUUUUAUUUAGACAUAGCAAUGGAUGGUAAACCUGAGACCCUUGUCAAACAAAUAGUCAUACCUGAAGAGAUCACCAAAGAAAAGAAAAGAAAGACAUAUGUUCAAGCAAAGAGAAAAGAACUUAUUAAAAAGGACCUGAGAGUUUCCAGAAAGCCAAGACAGACAGAGUCUAUACAAUUUAGCUCUAUGUUGGUGCCUUUAAAGGAUGAAGGUGAACAAAGAGAGGCCAGGAAAUCAGAGCAGGUUGACACCCAGGAUGUUGCCUUAGAGCCUGAACUGCCAUUAAGUACUUUCAGCCCAGCCAAAUCUCAAAAGGAUCCUGAAUCAGAGGAGGUUGUGAUGGAAGCCGCAGAAGGAAGAGGCCACAUGGAGGUGACAGAAGUUAUGAAGGCCAUAGAUCAACAUGGCAUGAAAGUUUAUAGAGAGGUGUUCCCUGAGGUGGAAAGACAUGAAGGAGAAGGAGGAGGUCACAUGGAGGUCACAGAGGUUACGGAGGCCAUAGAUCAACGUGGUAUGAAAGAUUAUGGAGAGGUGUUCCCUAAGGUGGAAAGACACAAACGUGUGAGUAGGCUUUGGAAAAGGGCACUGGAAAAAAGUCAUGAAAAAGUAGCUGCGAAGUUGAAACAGGAGAAAGACUUGAAGGUCAUUUCAAAGACAACUGCAGAAGAGCCCAAGGAAAAAGUCACGCAGGUUACUGAACAAGAAAAAGAUACAAGGAAGAAACGUGGAAAGAGUGGCCGAGGUUUGGCUGGUACACCUGGACGCAUGGGCAGAUCAGAUACCAGAUCUUGGAGGGAUGAUAUUUGCUAUCUUGUCACCUCAAGGAUAGCAAGUUCCCAUCCAGGAAUGUUAAGGGAUCUGGGACAAGAAUUGGUCGACUUGGCUCAGAUGAUGCUUGCUCCCCGAAAGCUCAGCUGGGAACUCUUCCAAGAGAUCUGCCCCCUUCUAAAAGACUCAUCAGAAUUGGAUGAACAAGUAGUAGAAGAACCAUCCAUUAUAACUGAAGAGGCAGAUAUAGAUGUUGAGGAAGAAGGGACAGAAUUGAGGGGACAAAGGGGCAAAAAAGGAUUAACAAAGUACAAGGCAAAGAAGAAAAAGAAAGUUGCUUUCUUAGAUAAACUAGUCUUAGAGAAAAGGAAAUUUAAAAAAGAAGCAAGGAAACUAACCAGGCAAGAAGGGAAAACAGCCAAGGAAAAAAGGAAACUGAGUAUGCCAGAGAAGAAAUUAAUGCAGGGAAAGGAGAAACUGACCCAUCAGGAAGAAAAAAUAGCUUGGGAGGAAAAAACAGUAGCCUCCCCACAAAACCAAUUAACCCAGGAAGAGCAGAAGUUACUCUUAGGAGAAAAGAAAGGGGUUGGAAAAGGGGGGAAACUAAGGGAGAGAAAAAGAGUGACCUGGGAGGCAAGGGAGGCAGGGGUAAGUGGGACUUGGAAAAGGGGUAAGUGGGAUUUGGAGAAGAUUAUGAUGGCCCACGAACAAGGCAUGUGGCCCCAGGAAGAGGGAUUGCCUAUCUGGGGAGAGAGGAAAUUAAAGAAGAACACUUGUCUAGUGAAGAGGAGGGACUGUCUGUGGAAGAAGGAAAACGGGCAUCAGGAAGGGGCAGCUUGGCAGAGCAAGAAAUUAAAAUGA